AGACACCAGAGUCCAGGCAUUGGCAUCCGGAACCCUAUAUAAGACGAGAGGUUUCCGCCCAUUUUCUCUGCAACAACUGUAUUUCCCAUCUCUGCCUUCUCUCUUUUUUUGCGCCCUGCACCAUCUUGCUACGAUGUUCAAACUAUCUGCAACCCUUCUAAUGCUGGCUACUCUCUUUGCCCAGCUUCUCCCAAGCAUAAAUGCAGUUUCCUUCCCCGCCGCAAUAGGCCGGUACAAUACCAGCUUCGCAACAACCCAGCUCAUCGAUUAUGAUCGUGCAGACCCCUAUGCCCCAACACCGCAGCCACGUACCCUGAUGAUUUCUCUUUUUCAUCCCGUCCUUCAUGCACCAUGUCACCCAUUGCUAGCUCCCUACAUGGACCCUAUCAGCGCCGCAUUCGAGGAUGAACAAUACGCACCGGCUGGUAUCCCAGCUGGCGCAUUUGGGUCACUUACCCUUCAGACCUGCAAGCAUCUUCCUGAGCGGAUUUCAGGCUCGGGUCGCCCGGUCAAAGGGUCACAAUAUCCGCUCAUCCUCUUCUCACCUGGCUUGGGCAAUACGCGACUUUUGUACAGUGCCAUGGCACAAAGGCUCUCCAGCACUGGCUACAUCGUUGUAACAGUUGACCACCCCUACGACGCAGGCAUCGUAACAUUCCCCAACAAUGCUACAAUCCUUGCCGCAAACAUUACGACCGACGUCCAAGUUACAGAUAGCCUGAAGGUUCGCACGAGAGAUAUAUCCUUUGUUCUUGAUCAGCUCCGCCGGCCAUCUAUCAUAUCCAAGCUCAUCCCAGGCUUAAAAUACGGGUUGGAUACCUCUAAAGUGGGCAUCUACGGUCACUCCCUUGGCGGUGCUACUGCAGCUGAGGCUAUGCUUUCUGAUCCCCGUCUUAUCGGAGGUAUUAAUCUGGACGGUACAUUUUUCGGCUCUGUUAUCCACCGGGGUUUGGAUAGACCCUUCAUGAUUAUGGCACACGAAGGGAAGAAUUUUACAACUGAUGCUACUUGGGGUGCCUUGUGGCCAAAUUUGAAGGGUUUCAAAAGAGAAUUUAUGCUGAAUAGGAGCAGACAUGGUACGUUUACGGACUUGGCGGUGGCCGCUGGUUUGAUUGGUCUGAGAGAGAAAUCUCCGACACAGGUGGCCGCGAUAUUAGGGGACAUUGAUGGAGGAAGAGCCCAUGAGAUUAUUGCGACUUAUGUUAGCAGAUUUUUUGACUUUGUUCUAAAGGGGAAGAAAGCCGAGUUACUCGAUAGUUCGAGUACGGAGUUCCCUGAGGUGAUACCUGGAGAGGCUUAACCCUAGACAAGGUAACUAGUCAUCAAACGUUAUAAUGGCGGCCCAUGGCUUGAUGAUGGAACAGGCAAUAUUGGCUUUAUCCGUCGCCUACAACAACAUCUGUGGAUUGCCGGCGCUUUUGAUAUCAAUAACGAACCUGAACCUCUAGCCAAUAACACCAGCGUUGUAUAGCACACUAAAGGUAUCCUAGAGUAAUACGAGAGGCUCAUAUAUUGCUCAAUGCUGCUGCUGCUUCUGUUCAUGUUGUGAUAUUAUCGUAUAUAUGAUAAGUGGCGUUAAGUAACGUAUAUUCAAUUACAAAGGUGGCUUUCUCGCUAUUCUUCUUAGAUCCAGUCAAUCAGAAAGUAGGCGUCGUGCCUGGGUGUUCCA